AGCUAAUUGGAUCUCCGGCCCUAAGCAGAACUAUUCUCAAUUCUAAUUGGAAAAGUAACGCUCUGUAAGGGUAAAACACAUUAACCAACACUGGCCCUAUAUAUUCGUCUGCCAAAUUGUGACAUAUUUUAGUCAAGAUUUUUUCCUACACAUUGCUGUGCCGAAAAAUCAGUUUAAAAAGCUAGGAACAACCGCGAGUUUUCAUAAUGGCGGAAAAUAAUAAUCCCUCAAGCUUGGGGGAAAUUAUUGUCGUGGAUCUGGAGGAAACGAACACUGAAUUGGACUUCGACGACAUUAUCGUCUAUGAUUUGGAGGGAUCGACCAGUGGCUCGGACUUGGAGGAGGAAACCAAUGACUUGAACAUGGCAGAAAACAUUAUUGUCUAUGAUGUGGAGGAAAAUACCUCUGCCUCGGACUUGGAGGAGGAAACUACCAGCGCGAGCUUGAAGGAAAAAUCAAAAAGCUCGCAAGUGGAGGAUAAAAAAGACAAGGCAGUGGGGUGUAAAUUUAACAUAGGCCCCGGGCCUUCCAUUAGUGUGGAUGUGAAAUUCGAAGAUGUCCACAUGAGCCACGAUGAAAAAUUGUUGGCUAUUCGCGAGGGCACUGCCAUGCUGAUACUCAUGUCGAACCUGACGCCCCUGUGGGUGAAACUCGAUAUCGAGAACACCGCCUUUGAGACAGAGACUGAGAUUCUGUACUGUAAUGCUCCAUAUAUUCAUUACUACGGCCAAGAGGGCGAGCCAUGUCGUAGAGCCACUGUGAUUAUAACGCAUCCAGAAAUUGCAGAAGAGCUCAUCUCGUUUGCCGAUCAACUGUGGGCUGGUGUGCCUUUACUGCUUUAUGGGCAAUGGCUCUAAACAAAACACAAAGCAAACAAUUAAAAAACCUGCUGCGAACACAAGAUCAGAUCCCAUAUAUGGUGGCCACAGGCUGCUAAGAAGCUGGAGUGCUGGGUAUCUCGUUCUGCUGUUCAUUCAAACAUCUCAC